AAACUCUCUUCACACACUAUCUAAGUUUUCUCCAAGAAUGGCCACUCUCUUUCUCUACUCUAAUACAUUCUCCUUCUUCUUCAUUACACUGGUGUCACUACCUCUUCUCAUUCUCCGGCAACCCACUGCGGCGGCGAGUUGUACAACUCCGCCGGUGAUUUUUAACUUUGGAGAUUCUAAUUCAGACACAGGAGGACUUGUUGCUGGACUUGGUUACCCUGUUGGCUUCCCAAACGGACGCUUAUUUUUCCGGCGAUCCACCGGUCGUUUGUCCGACGGACGUCUUCUCAUCGAUUUUCUAUGCCAGAGUUUGAAUACAAGUCUUUUGAGGCCAUACUUAGAUUCAUUGGGUGGAACAAGGUUUCAAAAUGGUGCAAAUUUCGCAAUUGUUGGAUCUUCUACUCUCCCCAAAAACGUCCCUUUCUCUCUCAACAUUCAGCUCAUGCAGUUCAGCCACUUCAAAUCCCGAUCACUCGAGCUCGGUUCUAGUUCAAAUUCAUUAAAGGGCAUGUUCAUAAGCAAUGAUGGAUUCAAAAACGCGUUGUACAUGAUCGAUAUUGGACAGAACGACAUUGCUCAUUCUUUCGCUAAAGGCAACUCGUAUUCUCAGACGGUUAAGUUGAUUCCACAAAUUAUUACCGAGAUAAAAAGUGGCAUAAAGAGAUUGUAUGAUGAAGGAGGAAGGAGAUUCUGGAUUCACAACACCGGUCCAUUGGGUUGUCUACCUCAAAAACUCUCUAUGGUUAAGAACAAAGAUCUCGACCAGCACGGUUGCUUAGCUAGUUACAACUCGGCAGCAAAUCUUUUUAACCAAGGACUGGAUCAUAUUUGUGAGGAGCUGAGGACCAAACUGAGAGAUGCCACCAUAAUCUAUAUCGACAUAUAUGCUAUCAAAUACAGUCUCAUUGCAAACUCCAACCAAUACGGUUUUAAGAGACCGUUAAUGGCGUGUUGCGGAUACGGAGGGACUCCAUACAACUACAAUGUGAACAUAACAUGUGGGCGCAAAGGCUCUAAUGUAUGUGAGGAAGGGUCCCGUUACAUAAGCUGGGAUGGGAUUCAUUACACCGAGACAGCUAAUGCCAUUGUAGCCAUGAAAGUUCUUUCAAUGCAUUACUCUAAGCCACCAACUCCGUUCCAUUUCUUCUGCCGUCGCUAAGAACCAAAUUUAUUAUUCUUUUGCUUAUUUCUAACUUGGAAGGAUUUUUUAUCACUAAAAAUGUAAUCAAACA